AUGUCUAGUUCAGGUCCGAGUCUUACUGACUACAUCAACGACACCUGUCCAGCUUAUAUAGAAGAAUUGACAUGGGGCUCACGUCGCCUGCGACUCGUGCCGAGUGCAGAGGAGGGCUACGAUUCCGAUCUAUCGACGCCAUCUAUCGGUGUCUCUGUUUGGGUGGGCGGCGCGAAUCGACUUUUAGACAUUUACGGAGAUGACGGAGGGGUAGGAUCGGGAGGGCCAAGAGGAGGAGAAGAAUCCACAUUUAAAUCGGUAGCUUCGAUCUCUAGAACGAUUCACCAUGGCCAUGAGCAACAUGAUCUCGAGUCCUCCAGCGCAGCCGCACUUUCAAAACAGUUUAGCCAGCUGACGCUUGGCGAAACGAAUAGGUUCAAGACAUCUACGGCAAUUUCAGAGCAGCCUAAGAACAGCGCAUUGAAUAGAGAGAAGUCUAGUAAAGGCGAGGAAGAAACGCAAAUCGGACUUCAAGGGCCCAGGAGAAGCAUAGCUCCCAGACAAGACGAUUCAGCUUGGCUCGCAAAAUCGCCUGGGCUUUCGACAGAUGGCAGUGGCGACAUCAAGAUCAACCCUCGUGAGUCAUCCGAUGCGAUUGGUGAGGAAGAGGCACAGAAGACGGAUGAUCUUCUCCAGACGCCCAGGUCAUCCAAAGAUACUUGCUUCUCUGUGCCGCGGUGUCCCAAUCCGACCAACGUACCAACACCAUUCCAUUCCAAGGGACUUAAGCUAGCUUGCCCAUAUCUCAAGUUCAAUCCAGCAGUCUCGCCGAGACUAAUCAUCGACGGUCCUGCCUUUAGAGAGCAUCUAUACAGACACCACGAGCAAAAGCCCCACUGCCUACGUUGCGGCAAAAUCUUUGACAGUCAAGCUGACUCGGCAGAGCAUGCUCAACUGGAGAAGCCCUGCAAUCUCGUGAAGAAUGUCUCUUUCGAAGGUUUUAACAAAGACCAGCUGAAGAAAUUGAAAAGUCGGAAGCGGACACGAGGCGAUAGAUCGGAGGAAGAGAAUUGGAGGAACAUCUACCUCAUACUGUUCCCGGAUUGCACCGUCAUUCCAGACCCUUUCUACAGGAUCCAGUAUGAUGACAGCAUUGUAGAACACAGUGAACUUCAGAAGCUAUUCACACAAGACAACUACUCUGACAUGGGCGAGCAGUUCUUCUCAAAACUAGAGGAAAUCGCUGAAGUCUCCCUCGAUGGCGCCAAAAGGCGCGCAAUGUUGAUGCUUUUCGAGACAUUUGCUCGAAAGAAGAUCGCCAAGACGAACAAAGACCACGGCCCGUAG